GGGCUGUGGCCGUCGCUGGCCGUGGCCGUGGCGCUCGUCGGCAGGCAGAGCCACUGGACCAUAUACUGCAGCGGCACCUGGCGAAGUAGUGACAACUGUGCUGAGAGUCGCUGAGAGUCAGUCCAGUCACAACACUUCGCCGCCCUGCGUUCACCUGCGCCCCCGCCCCAAUGCCUAGUUCCACGCGAGGACGCGGACGUCGGUCGGCAGGCCUUGUAGACCUUGCUGGUCUUCCGUGGCUCGCCGGGCCCGUCCCUGGAGUCCAUCGGCUUGCCUGGCCUGUGCCUGGCCUCGCCCCACUGACGGACUCUACCACCAGGGCCCCGGCCGCCCCCGCCCUGGCACUCCCCGCACCACUGCAGUGCAUGCACGGCGUUCAACGUGUCGACCUGUGGGAUUGCCUCGACGGGGUCACCGAGGCCACCGAGGACGACGUCCGGGCCACCUCGCCGGCGAGCACCGACUCCAGCGGCUACUCCAGUUACGGGGACGUCUCCUCGUCUAGCGCCGAUUCCGGCGAUACCUGGAAAGAGAGAGAGGUUUACGCCUCUCUCAAGUAUGAGUCUAUGGGAAUAGACUGCACUUUUAACUACUGGUCGCCGAUUACGGAGGACGACGCCGUCCUCGACGAACUGCAGAGCCGCCGCCAGGUCCCGAGUCAUCUUUCACGCGACCAGGAUCAGGAUCAGCUCAAGCAGGCCACCGACCUCGACAUAAUGUCCGUCGCGGACGUUGGACCCACUGGAGCGCAGGAGGCCAAGGACGCAAGAGGGUGCUCUGAGCCUGCCUUCCUCCGAGAGGGCACCGCCCAGAACGCACCGUUUGCCGAGAACGACGAAUUGCGACGUGCCGCCGUCGUGGCCUCCAACCGGCUGGACUGGGGAGCAGCCUUCUACAGGUGGCUCCCAAUGCCGACCCUGGAGGAGGCCAUUCUUCUCGCGCGCAUUGCCGAGGCCGAGGAGCUGGAGCUGCGGCGACAGUCGGCUUUGAGGAAAGCGGCGAAGCAAAAGAAAUUUGGAUCUCGAAGAGAGAACUUCUCGUCAGUUUCUUCGGAACGCCCAGGCCGCAGAGGAGCCUCAACAACUGUCAGCCUCGAAUUUCCAGAAGUUUGGAAGAAUUUUUAGAUGAGAUUUUACUCACGGCACGCGCACUUGACAUGAAAUCAUCACAUUAAUUCACAAUCCAAUUAAUGACUUGCAUGAUUUUUUUGUUUUGACUCUUAUGUAAUUUAUACGCCGUUUUAUUGUAUGAUUGAGUGACGUUUUUAAUCAGGCUCAAAGUCU